AGCCAUGGAUGGCCCAACGCGGGGCCAUGGACUCCGCAAAAAGCGGCGGUCGCGGUCACAGCGAGACCGGGAGAGGCGCUCCCGGGGCGGGCUGGGGGCCGGCGCGACUGGCGGCGGCGGAGCCGGCCGGACCCGGGCGCCCUCACUCGCCUCGUCGUCGGGCUCCGACAAGGAAGACAAUGGGAAGCCCCCGUCCUCCGCCCCGUCCCGGCCCAGACCCCCGCGGAGGAAGCGGAGAGAGUCCACCUCGGCUGAAGAGGACAUCAUUGAUGGAUUUGCCAUGACCAGCUUUGUCACUUUUGAAGCGCUGGAGAAAGAUGUAGCACUUAAGCCUCAGGAACGUGUGGAGAAACGCCAGACACCGUUGACCAAGAAGAAACGAGAAGCACUUACCAAUGGCUUGUCCUUUCAUUCCAAGAAGAGCAGACUUAGCCACCCACACCACUAUAGCUCAGAUCGAGAAAAUGACCGCAAUCUCUGCCAGCACCUUGGGAAGAGAAAGAAAAUGCCGAAGGGACUCAGACAGCUCAAGCCAGGGCAGAACAGCUGCAGGGACAGUGACAGUGAAAGCGCCAGUGGAGAAUCCAAGGGCUUCCACCGGAGCAGCUCUCGGGAAAGGCUCAGUGAUAGUUCAGCUCCUUCCAGCUUGGGAACAGGCUACUUCUGUGACAGUGACAGUGACCAGGAAGAGAAGGCAUCAGAUGCCAGCUCUGAAAAACUCUUCAACACUGUUAUUGUAAACAAAGAUUCGGAGUUGGGUGUUGGUGCACUACCCGAACGUGACAGCCAGGAUGCAGGGCCAAUUGUCCCCAAGAUAUCGGGUCUAGAGAGAAGCCAGGAGAAGAGCCAGGACUGUUGCAAAGAGCCAAUCUUUGAGCCUGUGGUGCUUAAAGACCCCUGCCCUCAGGUCGCUCAGCCGAUACCCCAGCCCCAGGUGGAGUCCCAGCUCCGAGCUCCUUCUCCAGAUCCUGACUUGGCGCUUCGCACAGAGGCCCUGCCGCAACCCCCACCUCCGAGUGCACAGCCGCCACAGGGCCCCCCGGAGGCCCAGCUUCAGCCCGCCCCACAGCCUCAGGUGCAGAGGCCACCCAGGCCACAGUCCCCUACCCAGCUGCUGCAUCAGAAUCUUCCAUCUGUGCAGGCCCACCCCUCGUCUCAGAGCCUCUCCCAGCCACUAUCAGCCUACAACAGCAGUAGCUUAAGCCUCAACAGUUUAAGCAGUAGCAGAAGCAGCACUCCAGCAAAAACUCAGCCUGCCCCUCCACACCUCUCCCACCACCCCUCUGCCUCUCCGUUCCCUCUUUCUUUGCCCAACCACAGCCCCCUGCACAGCUUCACACCCACCCUCCAGCCCCCCGCACACUCACAUCACCCCAAUAUGUUUGCCCCUCCUACUGCUCUGCCUCCUCCACCACCACUGACAUCAGGGAGUCUGCAGGUCCCAGGACACCCAGCCGGGAGCACUUACUCAGAGCAAGACAUCUUGCGACAGGAACUGAACACACGUUUUCUGGCCUCUCAGAGUGCUGACCGUGGGGCUUCCCUCGGCCCUCCGCCCUACCUGCGGACCGAGUUCCAUCAGCACCAGCACCAACACCAGCACACGCACCAGCACACACACCAGCACACCUUCACGCCGUUCCCCCACGCCAUCCCGCCCACUGCCAUCAUGCCGACGCCAGCACCUCCCAUGGUGCGUACCCCAGGCAGAAAUUUUGACAAAUACCCUACAAAAGUUGACCCAUUCUACCGGCACAGUCUCUUCCAUUCCUAUCCUCCUGCAGUGUCGGGCAUCCCGCCUAUGAUUCCCCCCACUGGCCCUUUUGGUUCACUACAAGGAGCAUUUCAGCCGAAGACAUCCAACCCUAUCGAUGUUGCUGCUCGGCCUGGGACAGUCCCACACACUUUACUCCAAAAGGACCCAAGGUUGACAGAUCCUUUCAGACCUAUGUUAAGGAAACCAGGGAAGUGGUGUGCUAUGCAUGUUCACAUCGCCUGGCAGAUCUACCACCACCAACAGAAAGUUAAGAAACAGAUGCAGUCAGACCCACAUAAGCUGGACUUUGGCCUGAAACCUGAGUUCCUGAGCCGCCCCCCGGGCCCCAGUCUCUUUGGAGCCAUCCACCACCCGCACGACCUGGCGCGGCCUUCCACUUUGUUCUCUGCCGCUGGUGCUGCACACCCCUCUGGAACCCCUUUCGGGCCACCUCCUCACCACAGCAACUUCCUUAACCCUGCUGCUCACCUUGAGCCUUUUACUCGGCCAUCUACAUUCACAGGCCUAGCAGCAGUUGGUGGCAAUGCCUUCGGGGGACUUGGAAAUCCUUCAGUUACACCCAACUCAAUGUUCGGCCACAAGGAUGGCCCCAGUGUGCAGAACUUUAGCAACCCUCACGAACCCUGGAACCGGCUGCACCGAACGCCUCCGUCGUUCCCGACCCCUCCGCCCUGGCUGAAGCCAGGGGAGCUGGAGCGCAGCGCGUCCGCUGUAGCUCAUGACAGAGAUAGAGAUGUAGAUAAACGAGACUCAUCUGUUAGUAAAGAUGACAAAGAAAGGGAAAGCGUCGAGAAAAGACACUCCAGCCACCCUUCACCAGCACCUAUCCUCUCGGUGACCGCCCUGGGACAUACCCGCAGCUCCACUGAACAGAUCAGGGGUCAUUUGAACGCUGAGGCUCGCGAGAAAGAUAAAUCCAAAGAGCGGGAGAGAGACCACGCGGAGUCCCGCAAGGACCCACCGGUGGACGAGCACAAGGCGAAGGAGGCGCACCUGCCAGAGAAGGACGGGCACGGCCGCGAGGGGCGGACCGCGGGCGAAGAGGCCAAGCAGCUGGCCCGGGUGCCGUCACCCUACGUGCGGACCCCGGUGCUCGAGAGCGCCAGGCCCAACAGCACCUCGAGCCGGGAGGCUGAGCAGCGCAAGAGCGAGCCAGCCUAUGAGAACCCCAAGAAGAGCUCAGAGGUCAAGGUGAAGGAGGAGCGGAAGGAAGACCAUGACCUGCCCCCGGAGGCCCCACAGACCCACCGGUCUUCGGAGCCGCCACCUGCAAACUCCUCAUCCAGCGUACACCCUGGGCCCUUGGCCUCGAUGCCCAUGACCGUGGGGGUAGCCGGCAUUCACCCCAUGAGCAGCAUCACCAGCCUGGACAGGACUCGCAUGGUGACCCCCUUCAUGGCCAUCAGUCCCAUCCCGGGUGGAGAGCGCUUUCCGUACCCCUCUUUCCACUGGGACCCCAUACGGGACCCUCUGAGGGAUCCUUACAGAGAACUUGACAUUCACCGGAGAGACCCACUGGGCAGGGACUUUCUGCUGAGGAACGACCCACUGCACCGUCUCUCGACUCCCCGGCUAUACGAAGCCGAGCGCUCCUUCAGGGACAGGGAGCCUCACGACUAUAACCAUCACCACCACCACCACCACCCUCUGUCUGUGGACCCUCGGCGGGAACAUGAGCGCGGAGGCCACCUGGAUGAGCGGGAGCGUUUGCACAUGCUCCGGGAAGACUACGAGCACUCGCGGCUCCAUUCUGUCCACCCCGCCUCCCUGGACGGACACCUGCCCCACCCCGGCCUCAUCACUCCGGGACUCCCCAGCAUGCACUACCCCCGAAUCAGUCCCACCACGGGGCACCAAAACGGACUCCUCAACAAGACCCCACCGGCGGCGGCACUUAGUGCACCUCCCCCUCUCAUCUCCACGCUGGGGGGCCGCCCAGUCUCUCCCAGAAGGACGACUCCUCUGUCGGCAGAGAUAAGGGAGAGGCCACCUUCCCACACGCUGAAGGAUAUCGAGGCGCGAUAAGGGGUCAGUAGGAGCCGGAGGGGAAGGAGAGCCCUGUGGAACGCAAUGCCAGACUUGGAGAGCGAGAACUCCUGCACCAUUAACAGACUCGGGAAGACCCCCACCUCUUCCCCUUGUAAAAAAAAUGUAUAGAUCAGUGCAGAUUUUGAAAUGUUUUGUAUAUUAUAUGUUGAGAUUUUUCAGAUCUUUUAGCCAAGUCACAUGUUCUCAUGUCUCCUACUCUUUUUGUUUCUCUAUAAAACUUCUUGAUUUGAACCAAAACAGUGAAAAUAAACAACACAGACCAAUUUGAUGAUACUAGGGCGGGGGGUAGGGGGGAGUUCACACCAUCCAUCAUGCAAAGCUCUUUCAGAUGAGAAGGGAAGGCCAUGUAUAUAGUUAUGUAAAAAAAAAAGAGAUUGCUUCAUGAGCUAAUGGUUCAUAUAUGCAAAAGGGUAAGAUGAAAGCUUUACUUUGUACAAAUGUAAAUAGAUAAAGAUUAAGUAACAUAAUACAUUAAUACUUCUUAAAAUGUGCUAUUUGCAAACUUAAUAUCAGUGAACACAGUCUGCUGAGGCUGUGUUCCCAUAUAUUGUUAUAGACAGCUAAACCCUUCAACUAUGCAAUGAAUGUUAGGGCUUUUCACAAAAGCCCACCUAACUCAAAGGAGCCUUUUCAAAUCCAUUUACAACAUACUUAAGGUCAUAUUUUCCCUGAACAAGCACUUACGUGAUAUGACUCUGUUUUCCUUGCUUGUUUUUUUUUUCAAAUGGAGAAAUAUCCUAUUUUGCAAAUUGGACCCCAGGCUGGAACUUUGCGUCUGAAGUUGCUGCUUGUGGGCUUUGGGGGAAAGUGCAGCCCUGGAAAGGUAACUGAGGACAUGAACAACCAGCGAGCACCAGGGAGGAUGGGAUUUGUCAGAUGCCAAAAUCAGGGGACAGGUGGUGGUGUCUGUUAGACACAAACAGGUCGCCAGAAUCUUGUCACCAUCAGUCACAUGACUUCACACACCUCAUGUGGGAAUCAUGCCUUUUUUAGUGUGUCCUGUUUCAUAUCUGUACACACUUCCUCGUUUUGUAAUGAGAUUGACUUACACCCAAACAGAUCCUGAAAGAAAGCUUCAAGUUUUCUCAGAUGAUGGAUAUGUUUUCACUGUAUUCAGUAACUGAUAAAAGUCAAGGUGCACAUUUCCCAAUGUGACUCACUGUAUUCCAGUCAGUAAUAAAGUCUGGGAAUAGUCGUAACCAGUCAACCUUGUGGAGCCAUCGAAAAUUACAGAGGGUGAAAGGUGGCAGAGAAAAAGUCUUGUGUGUGCGUGUGUUUUUGAGUUUGCAUCAAUCUUAAUGUCUCUUCAUAAUACUUUUAUAAUACAUUAAGCCUCUUGUCUACAUAUUUGGAGAGAAUAUGACUUUACUAGCAGAGAAAUACAAUAUAUCUUGUCUACUGGACUGUAAAAUAUAUGUAUGAAAUAAAAUUAGUUCCAUUUGGUCUUCUAGUAUAUUAAAGUGCUAUCUGACGUUGUUAUCCUGUUUUUGCAAAAAAAAAAAAGUUAACUACAGACCAUUGUUUCUAAUAAGCAGAGAGAUCUAUUUUAGUAGUAAACUGAAGGUUUAGUUGUGAGCUUCAGAUUUUGUGAACUCCAGAUGUUGUGCAGUGUUUUGUUUUUUUUUUUAAAGACAACAACUAAAAAGAAAAAAAUCCAAGGAAUAUGUACACUGGAACUGUAGUAGUAGCUCUCAGUAUUGUAAAGAGAUUGUUCUAUACAGACCUUUUUGCUGUUUAUCCUGUAUGUAAUAAAGUCCUUUCUAGAUCCUAUGUGAAAAGAAAAGUGAAGCAACUGAAUCUUCAGCAUGUUCUCAUCGGCGGAGCCUCCUUGUGUAAUGUAAACUGUGCCAUGUUAUUAAAAAAUGUGAACUAA